AUGCCGCUCCCAUUCUCAGAGGUUUGCACAUUGCUAUCCCGGAUCGAGGACCUUGAGUUGCGCGAUCCGCCAUUUCUAAACGUGGGAGAGAAGUCGACUCAGAUCAAAGCCGUGGUCGACUCAUGGUUCAAAUCGCAUCGAAAUGCGCUCAACAGUCUGGCCGUGAAAGAUGCAGUCGCGUUUCUGUCUACCUUGCUGCCGGAGCGGAGGACCGAUCGCGUCUACUAUAUCCAAGCGACGCGUCUUUGCAGGAUCUUGAGCAGAUGUCUGAGUCUUAGCGCCGCUCUGACGAAGGACCUGCACGCGUACAAGGAGGCUGGCCGAGGAGAUCUGGGAUCCUGUGUUGAGCGAGUACUGGCUGUGGGCGGGCCACCAGCUCAUCCUCCUCCCGGCUUGGCUGAAGUGGAUGGCAUGCUCGACGAGCUCGCUAGCCAAAGCAGAUUCUCGGCGAAGUCGUUUACCAACCGUCUACCACACUCUUCAGCGAAGAAGGACGGCCCUCUUGGAGACGCUUUCAAGCGCCUCACGCCGAUUGAGGGUAAAUGGCUGGUUCGACUCAUUCUGAAAGACUUGGCUCCCCUGCGUUUGGACGAAGGGCUAGUCUUCAGAUCCUUCCACUUUCUCCUACCAGACCUUCUGCUAUUUCAGAAUGAUCUCGCAGCUGCGAUCGGCUUGCUCCAGCGGUCGUUAUCCGAGUACCCUGCGAGCUGCGAUCCGAGGUCCGAGAGACUGCAUCGACAGAGCGCUCGCGCUAAGCUAACGCCUAUCGUCGGUGUCAAGAGGGCUGGAGGUCAGAAAUGGGUACUCGAGAGAAAGUACGAUGGAGAGUACUGCGAGAUUCACAUUGACCUCAAGCGAUCACCGAAUGUCUCUGAGUGCAUCACUAUCUUCUCGAAGAGCGGCAAGGAAUCUACUUCUGACCGCAGCGGGUUACACCAGACCAUCACUGACUGCCUCCGACUCGGCAAAGCAGAUUGCAAAAUCAAAAGACAAGCCAUUCUACUGGGCGAGAUGGUCGUCUACUCCGACAGCGAACGUCGCAUCCUGCCUUUCGAGAAGAUCCGGAAGCAUGUUCCUCGUUCUGGAUCCUUCAUCGGGACGGACUAUGACUCCCUACCAAAGUCUGACGAGCAUCUAGCCAUUGUGUUCUUCGACAUACUUCUACUCGACAGUGAACUUGUCCUCAACAAGCCCAUCGACGAGCGGCGAAUGUGGCUGCGAGAGGUCUACACCAAAGUUGCUGGUCGUGCUUUCAGCUCUGAGUGGAAGAUCGUGGACUUCUCGGACGCAACACGUUCGACGAAAGUGCUCGUCAACCAGUUUGCGGCCUCAAUCGCCGAGAGAUGUGAAGGCUUGAUCCUGAAGCCAUGCGGUGUCCCGUACUUUGCCCUCGAGUCUGGCGCAAACGGGCGACUGCAGACGUUCAUGAAGCUCAAGAAAGACUACAUUGCUGGCCUGGGCGAUGAAGCUGACUUCGCUGUUAUUGGCGCCAGCUACAAUGCACAACAAGCCGCGAAGUGUGGGUUGCCGAAUGUGCAGUACACGGACUUUCAUCUUGGCUGCUUGAUGAACAAAGAAGAGGUCCUGCGCUUCGAUGCUCGCCCCUUAUUUCGCCACGUUGGGACGAUACAGCAGGACUUCUGCAUACCCAAGCCUGUACUGCAGGCCGCGAACGAGAUCGGGAAGUUCUGUGCGAAACCAUUCAACGCAGGCAGAACGACAGAAUCCUGCAGCUUCGACGUCGACACCGCAAGACUCUCGAGGCCAAUGGACGUCCUCUUCGAUCAACCCUUCGUCUUCGAAGUUCUCGGCUCGGGGUUCGAGAAGCCAUCGAACUGUGACUUCUUCAUGCUGCGACAUCCACGCAUCAAGAAGAUCCACCAGGAUCGGAGUUGGAAGGAAUGCACAUCGUUCCAGGAGUUACAGAAGCAAGCAUCGGACUCACGAGCGGUUACGGUGGUCUCGGAGUCGCAGGAGAUGAGGAACUGGGUCGAGCGUCUGGAGAAGAAAUGCCGAAAGAAGUUCGAGAGGCAGAGAGCGACGAAGACGCCUUCGACGGUGCGGACUGUCACAACGAGUGCGAGCCAGAGGAGCACCGCAACCACAGUACAUACGGCGAAGGUCGUGGAGAUCGACGAGAAUGCUCUGGAUGGCACCACACUCAUUGCUACUACUUCGCCGAAGCGCAAGCGGCCAUCAACAGAUGUUGUGAACACGCCGUGUCCCGCAAACAAACGGCCACGGUCUGAGAACAACCCCAAACGAAGCACAGCGGCAAGACCGGCCUGCGAGCACGCAGCUCCUGUCUCACAACCACUGGCGGAUAUUACCAAUACCGCCAAUCAGCCUCCUCGCUCUGCCCAAUCUCCAGCCAAGGCACCCGCAAAGACACCUCACCCUUCCUCCUCCCGACCCAAUCAAACCAAGAACCCAUCCUCCCUACUCUCCCGCCUCCAAUCCCUCUUCCAAACCACCUACCCCCCACCACCCCCACCAAACCCCCUCUGCAACCCCGCCACCUGUCCUCUAGCCAGCACAGCAAUCUACCUCGCCCCCUGCAUCGCGCGCACGCCUUACAUCGCGCACGACCUCCUCGGCAGCCACGACAACGUCAUCGUUGUACCCUCGUUGGAAUGCUGGGAUCGCGAGUGCUGUCCUGCUUCGUCUCGAUCUGCUUCGUCAACGAUCUCCUCGUCCCCACCGAGGUCAGGCUUCGAGCAGCCCCCGGAAGUGGUGAGGGAAAGUCAAGCUUACCAGGGUAUGAAGAGGCUAGUAGUCGUGGAAUCGAAGCGGAAGCAGCAGGUUCCGGAGAUUGUGGGGCAGUUGGAGGCGCUGCAGAAGAAGGGAUGUUUUGGUGAGGGGGAAGGGGAGGGGUUCGAGGUAUUGGAUUGGAGGGUGCUGGAGCGGUGUUGA